AGCGGCGGGAAAUCCCCGUUCCGCUGGGCGGUCCGCCCCGCCCCCUGCCCCUGCCGCGGCAUCCUGGCAGGGCGAGCCGGGACACUAGUGACCCGGCGUGAAGAUUAAGGGGUGGGAAGGUGUGAGCCGCAAACCCGGAGCGGGCCGGGAAAGAAGAGGAGGCCCGGGGGUGGCCCGAAGACUCGGGUCCCGGCGGCAGAGGCUGUCGGCCUCCUGACUGGCUGCCUGACCGACCGACCGACUGCCUGACUGCUGGCUGGCUGGCGGACGGACGGACUGACCGACCGGCUGACUGACUGGCUGGCAGCCUCUGGCCGGACGCUGGGAGCUGCGGCGGCGGCGGCGGCGGCGCGCGGAGCCGAGCCAUGGCCUCGGGAGGAUAUAAUCCAUACGUAGAAAUAAUUGAACAGCCGAGACAGAGGGGAAUGCGGUUUAGAUACAAAUGUGAAGGGCGAUCAGCAGGCAGCAUUCCUGGGGAGCACAGCACAGACAACAACCGAACAUACCCGUCUAUCCAGAUUAUGAACUAUUAUGGAAAAGGAAAAGUAAGAAUUACAUUAGUAACCAAGAAUGACCCAUAUAAGCCUCAUCCUCAUGAUUUAGUUGGGAAAGACUGCAGAGAUGGCUACUAUGAAGCAGAAUUUGGACCAGAACGCAGACCUCUGUUUUUUCAAAAUUUGGGUAUUCGGUGUGUAAAGAAAAAAGAGGUGAAAGAAGCUAUUAUUUUAAGAAUAAGUGCAGGAAUCAACCCUUUCAAUGUCCCUGAACAGCAGCUGCUGGACAUUGAAGACUGCGACCUGAAUGUGGUGAGGCUGUGCUUUCAAGUGUUCCUUCCUGACGAGCACGGUAACUUGACGACUGCUCUUCCCCCCGUUGUUUCCAACCCGAUCUAUGACAACCGUGCCCCAAAUACUGCAGAAUUAAGGAUUUGUCGUGUAAACAAGAACUGUGGAAGUGUGAGGGGAGGAGAUGAAAUAUUUCUGCUUUGUGACAAAGUUCAGAAAGAUGACAUAGAAGUUCGUUUUGUGUUGAAUGACUGGGAAGCUAAAGGUAUUUUCUCACAAGCUGACGUACACCGCCAAGUAGCCAUUGUUUUCAAGACGCCUCCAUAUUGCAAAGCUAUACUGGAGCCCGUGACAGUGAGAAUGCAGCUGCGGAGACCUUCUGACCAGGAAGUCAGUGAGUCUAUGGAUUUCAGAUACCUGCCAGAUGAAAAAGAUGCAUAUGGCAAUAAAUCAAAGAGACAAAAAACAACUCUACUUUUUCAGAAACUGCUACAAGAUUGUGCAGCUAACUUUCCUGAGAGACCAAGAAAUGUUUCCGUGGGACCAGUUGGAGAAGGAAGAUUCAUUAAAAAAGAAUCAAACUUCUUUUCUCAUGGUACAGUUUUACCAGAAAUGCCCAGGUCUUCAGGAGUUUCAAGUCAAGCUGAACCCUACUAUUCGUCAUCUGUGUCCCUCUCAAGUGGAUUACCACAUCACCCACCAGCCAUAGCCUCAGUGGUGUCUCCACCUACAAGCUGGUCAUCAGUGACCCACCCCACCUCACGCUCAGUCAGUACAAAUACAUUGAGUAGUUUCUCAGUGGGAACACUCCCCUCCAAUUCACAAGGUAUCCUUCCAUUCCUAGAAGAGCCUGGUGUGAGCGAUAUAAGUGCUUCUAAUGCUUGCCUUUAUACCGAUGACCUAGCUAGAAUGGAAACGUCAUCCAUGUCACCAGCUGACUUGUAUAGUAUUUCCGAUGUCAACAUGCUGUCUAAUCGCCCUGUGAAUGUGAUGACACCCAGCAGUGAUAACAUGGGGGACACUGAUAAUCCAAGACUUGUGAGCAUCAAUCUUGAAAACCCCUCAUGUACUUCAAGGUUAGACCAAAGAGACCUGAGGCAACUACAUCAGAUGUCUUCUGCCAGUAUGUCAGCAGGCACCAGUUCUAAUUCUGUUUUUGUUUCACAGUCAGAUGCAUUUGAUAGAGCAAACUUCAAUUGUGUAGAAAAUGGCCUGAUAAAUGAGCCCGGACCAUCAAAUGAUGCAAAUAGUCAUAAUUUUGUUCAGAGUAGUCAAUAUUCAAGUAUUGACACUCUGCAAAGUGAGCAGUUGAGUGAUUCCUUUGCAUACAGUUUUUUUUAAAUAUAAGUUGUAGGACUUAAAUCUAGAGGACUAUAAAACUUUAGGUGUAUAGACUGUAAAGCGAAGGUUCAGAAGUAGAAACUGCUUCUUACUUUGAAAGAUGCCUAAAGUACAUGUGCUUGACGUGAAUUGUUCUUUCAUAUUUCCUCAAGACAAGCUAUGUGUCUUUUGUAAUGUAUUAAUGUAUUAGUUAAAUGAAUUGAUAUUUGCUUUCAAGCAGAUUUAAGGUAAAACAUGUAAUGGCUAUGCCAUUGGGAAAUAAACUCAUUAUUGUUGAGGCCCAUAGGCCAAAGUGACCCCUAAGGGGUUUUCUGGGGUUUCUUGGUACGUUUAGGGUGUGUGUGUGUGUGUGUGUGUGUGUGUGUGAGAGAGAGAGAGAGAGAGAGAGAGAGAGAGAGUAAGUACUAAAGGGAGUUUUCAAGAUAUGGAAGAUUUGUCCUUAUAUUUUUUAGACUCACACCACUAAAGUUACUUAUGAAAUUAGCUUUAUGCCCAUAUGCCCGUAUAGACAUUUUCUUGAGUCUUUUCUUUAUUAGAUGCCCUCAUACUCUUUAAUCUUAUAAAUCCUGUCUACUUCUCUAUCAGGAAUCUAGCCAGAUGUUCUGGCCCAUGUCUAUAAUCUCCCUGCUUGAUAUUGCAAGUUCAAGGCCUGCCUGGACUACUUAGUAAGUUCAAUACCAGCUUGGGCAGCUUAUGAAAAUUUUGUCUCUGUAUAACGAUAGAAAAGGCUAAAGAUGUGACUCAGUGGUAGAGCUUGCUUAACAUUUGCGAGGCCCUGUGUUCAACCCCCUGUAGAGGGAAAAAGAAAAAAUAACAAAAUAAAUUUAAGUUUUAGCUCAAUAUAUCGAUGCCUGGGUUUUGAACUCUAUCCCUCGACUUGCUUUUCCUCGGCCUCACCAGCUCUGGAGACUGUCACACCAGGCUUCUAGUUACCAAGGCCAAGCCUGGCUGUUGUCCUCCUUCUUGUCUCCCAAAGCUGUCAGUGCAGCAGCAAAUCCAGAAGGCCUUUCCUUGGUGUGUAUCCGAAGCUGACCACCUCUUUUGAACUCUUGUUUGAGACAGGGUUUCAUGUCGUUCAGGCUGGCCUCAAACUUGCUAUAUAGCCAAAGAUGACCUUGAUCUUCGGAUCCUCCUCCUACCUCGGGAGUGCCGGGAUUACAAGUGUGCACCACCACACCAGGUUUACGUGGUUCUGGCGUCGGUGACAGGGUUUGCGUGGAGAAGCAUUGUACCAAUUGAGCUUCAAGCUCAGAUCAGACUAGUUGCUGUAAUUUUGUAUUAGUUGGCAUUGAUAAACUCAGACACAGCCAUUAGAGAGCUCAGCAGAUGUUCCCCACACAUUGAAAAGCUUGUUCGCAGUUUUUCCUCUAAGCUGAACUAAGGUGUGUCUACACCUGUGUUUAGAGGAUUUUCAAAGGAUGUUUUAUUUCUGGGUGCUGUUUACUGAUCACAGAACUCAUUUUAUAACUUACAGUGCAUUUAACCACAUUUCCCUUUCUCCCUAGGUGCAUUUGUAUUUCACCCUCCUUCUCAAACUCCACCUUGUGCACUACAUCUUGCCCUGUUCCCAGUGUCCUCCUAUCCCACUUAGUUCCAGAAUAAGUAUCUUCUUGAGCUUAAAAGGAAAGGCUGAAAACACCCCCCAAAGCACUGCAACCCUACUGGCGUCACGUCCCUUCUUUCCACUUCACUGUAAAGUGCCGCAGCCUGUCUCGUCACCCCUGUGUCCCUCCUUCACCUGUCCAUCGCUGGCUUCAGUUCACCCUGCCCCUUGUCAAGUCCGGAUCUUUAUGGGUGGUCCUCAUCUGACCUGCCGACAGCCUGUUCUGACUGACCAGGUGUUCUGUGAUGGCAGGAUCCGCUCAUUCCUAACCCCAGCUCUCAUCUGUACCGCAGGUCGGCUUUCUCCCUGCUGUCUGAGUGCUCAUGUAAACUGCCUUCUCUCACACUCUGCUUUCCUGCUGGCAUUGCUGCUGUCACCAGAGAUAUUUAAUAGAAACCUCAAAGUCAUCUUCGAUUGUCUUCCUCAAUUCAUUCAUAGUCCUUUUGAGUCUGCCUACUAAAAGUCUCUUCAUCUGUCCCUUCCAUUACUGCAGAGGUCGUGCUUCUUUCUCUCCGGUGGGUAUCUUUUCCGUAUGUUCAAGGUGUAAUAGCCCGCUCCUCUUGGACUUUGUAUCGGAGCGUGUUGCUUCUCUCCCUCGGUCUCCUCUCCGUGUAUGUAACCCGCUCUGUCUCUGCUCCUGACAUUUACUUGUAGCAGCUGGCUUCUCGGCAGGGUUUGGGCGCGGUGCCACAGCUGAGGUGCAGCAUAUCUGGGACUCGAGCACUUGACAGAGACUCUGGCAUAACCGGUGCGGAGUAAACGACAGCUGUUUGUUAGAGCGAGGGAGGAUUAUAAACCAGUAUUUAAGAACACAGGUUUAAUGGGAAAGGUGCUUAACUCCACAGGUGCCAAGACGUCAUGGUGCCAAGGCGACCUGUCUUCUGAGGCACACUUCUCUUCUGGCCAGCCAUCUCCUUCUUCUUAAAACCUAUGCAAAGACUGGCACAUAGUUUCAUGGGAGAGCACAGCCCUGUGUUUGAUACCCAGAACUGCAACAACAACAACACAAUUAAUUACAAAACAAAAGUAUAAAAACCACCCUGAGGCCCUUUGAGACCCAAAGCAGCUUUCUUAGAAAUUGUAGUUUCAGCAGUAUCGAGGAGAAAUUCUGCCUCUGUAUGUGGCAGGUGAAAUUUCAAGUACCCCUGAGAUACCUACCCCUUGAUAGUUUACCCUGCACAGACAUGUCAGCAGCCAGUAUUCAUGUAAUAAAUCAUAUGACAUUUUGUAACUGCAUAUUGUACAGUAUACCAUGUUCUGUGUAGAAGAUCAGAGGUGAAUGAGAUUCAUCUCCUGUUCUCAAAGCUAUGUUUCUUUUCUUAUGAGGAAUCACACAUACAGUCAACCAAAUAAACAUGGACAAACUUUAAGGUAUAGCUUGAAGAAUUGUAACUUAUGUAAAAACCAUGUAGCCACGAUGUUUGGGACCCCAGGCUCUCAUCAGCAUCUCCAAACCACUAUCCUGGUUCUUGUCAUCAGAGCCUGCUGACUUACUAUCCCAACAGCCUUUACUUUGCUAAUUGAGUCCCUACUAAAAAGUCUAGUGGACAGAGUAACUGGUUGUCAGUUUGUCUUAAUAUGCUUCAGCAUGUUUCAACAGCCUCAGAAAAUCUAUAUUUUUCAUGGUGAGACUUAGAAUUGGUGAUACAGGCUGUCUACUUGUACCACAUUACAUUUUAAUUAUAGAUUGAUAUAUUGAAAAAUUAUCAUACAAUAUCAGACAACAUGGAAAAAUAUAAAGAAGAGAGACUGUUUUUAGUCAGUUAGCCUAGAUGAGUCUGGAGUUACGGGCCUGUAAUCCCAGAUACUCAGGCAGAAGGAUCACAAGUUCAAGGCCUGCCUGGUCUGCUGACCCAGUUCAAGAGAACAAACUUGUGAGCUCCUAUCUCAACAUAUAUAGUGGAAAAAAAGGUGCUAGGGUGUAGUUCACUGGUAGAGCACCUAGCAUGCACAGCCCUAGAUUCAGUGCCCACCCCCAGAGAAACAAAAACCGGUCUUUCCCAGGGUGUGUUUUGUACUAACUAAUGUCUGGGAAGAAACACUGUAAAUUGCAAGGUGUGAGUCAAAGACAACAACCAACAGCUGUGUAUCUCAUGUGGCACUGAUUAGUCUACUAUCCAGACACUCCUAGUCAGCAAUGCCCAGCAGAGAAAUCACCAGGGAGUAAGUCCUUCAUGAGAACUAUGAUAUGGGACUCUCUUUAGACUAACGUCUACAUUGCCAGAUGUGGAGAAACUUCUUUGGGCCUUACUCUUUCAGAGUACUCAUUGAGGGAAAUAUCAGUUAUUGGCUUUACUUUUGAAAUUUUGUGACUCUUGAUUUCUUUGUAAAAGUUGAGCUUUUCAUUGGGAGUGUUUUGACUUUUAUGAAGCUGCCUCUGCAAGGUGUCAGGUUUGUUUUCAGAGGCUGGAUGUGCAAAGAAGAGGUUAGAACGCUUUUGUAUCCUGUGUAUGACAAAGUCCGUGCUGCUCUCCGAAGCCCAGCUGAGGGAUGAGGGAUGAAAGCUUCUCAUGUUUAUCCAGGGUCAUCCCUUCAAGACAAAGUCAUAUGAAGAUCUGGACUGAACACCAGGGCAGAAUUUACAGCUCAGGGUCAACAGUGGAUCUCAAAAAUAAUCAUAUCUAAUUUUUUUCACGUGUGCAAAAAGACCAAAACCCACUCAUGUCGUCACCAUCUUUUUGUUUUUGUUUUGUUUUUAUUUUAUUUUUGGUUUUUUGAAGCAGGGUUUCUCUGUGUAGCUCUGGCUGUCCUGGAACUCACUCUGUAGACAAGGCAGGCCUCGAACUCGCCUGCCUCUGCCUCCUGAGUGCUGGGAUUGAUAGUACAGUGGUGAGUACUCUGCAUUGUGUCUCGCCAUCUUUUUAAUAGCCAAGAUGUAACUUUUUAACGAGUAACCAUGCUCUUCUAAGCAUGGCUCUAGGGCUGCAGAUGGGCUUUUGGUUUGCUCUUUUUUUUUUUUUUUUUUUUGAGACAGGGUACCCUGUUGUAGCCCUGACUGGCCUGGAACUCACAGAAGCCUAUCUGCUUCUGCCUCCCAAACAACUUCUUGGUUGUUGUUGUGUUUAUUUUUUAAGCUUUUGGAACUUUAAAGAAUCACAAACAAAAUUCAUUGAAUAUUUAGACUUCACAGUAACAUAACAAACUGAGUUUUUAGGGCUGUUAGCAAAUAUUUAAACUUUUGUUAAAAUACCAGAUUCAUCUUGUGUCAUUUUCUUCUUAAGCUUUUUUAACCAAAAUAUAACUUCCCAUGAGAUGGAGUAGGGUAAGGUUGGAGUACUUCGGAGUAUCUGUAUGACAUUCGGUCUUCACUAGACUUCACUGCUCUUAGUGAACCAGCCAUGGUGACUCAUGCCUGUUGCUUCAACACUUGGAAGGCUGAGGCAGGAGGUUUGCUUCAGGUAGGACUUCAAGAUCAGCCUGGGCAACAUGGGAGACCUCAAAGAAUAUUAAAAUACCGUUGGCCAUGGUUAAUAGAGCCCAACAAAAUAGUGAAACUGCCUGCCUCUCCCCUCCGAGUACUGGGAUUGUAGGCAUAUGCCACCACACUGCACCUGGUUUAAAAUACUUAGAUUUUUGAGGGGAAGGAAGGGGAGCAUCAUAAUGGAAUUGAACCCAGGGUCUCAUACAUGCUGGGCAAGUGCUCUACCACUGAACUGUCUGCAUUUGAAACUUAUUUUAUAUGCUUGAUGAUGAAUUAAUUUCAAGGCACUGAUGAAAUUAUUUUUUUAAAGUUCUCAGAUACUGUUACCUAAUAAGUUAAGCUUUGUAUCAAGAUGAAGUAUUUUUUAAAAUGUCAAGAUGCCUUUUAUUGUACAAAAUAUUGUGUUACUUUUGUAAUAUCUUUGUAUAUUGUGAUUUUUUUCUUGGCGAUGUAAUAAACUAUUUUCUAAAAGUG